GCUAUGAUGAUGAGUUUGAACGAUUUUCGCGCAUGUAUUGCUUUGAUAGGGCAGCGGCUCUCGUUUUAGGGGGACUCCCAGCGAGAAGAGGAGCGUUUGUGUCUAGGUUUUACACAAGAACGAGCAGGGCCUUUUCUCGAUCGUGCUCCGGAGCGAGAGCUAUGGCGACCUUCCCAGCGCAGAAGCAGGAGUCGCAGCCUGGAGUCCAGCACGUCAUGGAUCCCCAUCCUCGCACCAGGCGCUCGGAUUACAAGCCAUCGGACAAGCUCAAGAAUAAGGUGGCUCUGAUAACUGGGGGAGACUCCGGCAUUGGGCGAGCUGUGGCUUAUUUCUAUAGCCUCGAAGGCGCCAGUGUGGCCAUAACUUACGUGCCUGGGAAAGAGGAGAAGGACGCGGAGGAAGCGAUCCAUAUGAUCAAGGAGGCCAAGACCGCGCAUGCCAAGGAUCCGAUCAUGAUCCCAGGCGACAUUGGUUACGACGAGAACUGCAAAAAGAUUGUUGACGAAGUGGUGAAAGCUUAUGGGAGGAUUGACAUACUCGUCAACAACGCCGCCGAGCAGUACCGCGUACAGAAGAUCGAGGACCUCAAGCCGGAGCAGCUGGAACGCGUGUUUAGAACCAACAUAUUCUCCCACUUCUAUCUCUCCAGGUAUGCCGUGCCUCACAUGAAGGAAGGCGAGGGCUGCAUCAUCAACACCACCUCCGUGAACGCCUACAAAGGAAACAAGACUCUGAUCGACUACACGUCCACCAAAGGAGCCAUCGUCGGCUUCACAAGGUCUCUCGCUCUCAACCUCGUGGAUAGAGGAAUUCGUGUGAAUGGCGUUGCUCCAGGUCCAGUGUGGGCUCCUUUAAUCCCAGCUUCGUCGCCGGAGCCCCAGCAAACCGAGCACUUUGGCGAGCAGUGCCCGAUGGGAAAAGCUGCGCAGCCGGACGACAUUGCUCCCUCCUACGUCUUCCUCGCCUCGGAGGACGCUGCCUUCUUCACUGGACAAGUCCUUCAUCCAAACGGAGGGAUGAUUGUAAAUGCAUAGGCCAGAGAAGCUGAUCGAGAACAGUUGUGAAUCAAAUUGAGAACAGUUGUGGAUCAAAUCAAAUCGAAGUUCUUUCCAUCACGCCAA